AUGUCAGGGUCGUUUUGGAAGUUUGGACAAAACUAUGCCAAUGAAUCGCCGUUGUCGAAACUCCUGAACCGGGCUUUUAUCAAGGUGGGAGAUGUGAAAAACAGUGAAGACAAAAGCAAGGCGGAUCACGACAAGGUCGAUAAGAUACUUUCUCCACCUAUUAGUCACAGUUCCGACGAGGAGAAUAAUGAGGUAUUCACAAGAGGAGGAGCUACAGGAGAUCAGAAAAAAAUACCAAAAGAAGGGGGAAAAAGUGAAGAUGGAGAAGAUGAAGAAGAAGAAGAUGAUGAUGAAAACUAUGGCGAAGACGCCAAAGGCGAAGAUCGGGAAAAGCUGCACGAGCAUGGUGGUACCGAGAGCGAUGAUAACGAGGAGAAUAACGAAAAUAGGAAUUCGUUUACCGAUCAACCAGAUAACGAAUCGGAUUAUAAAGACUUUGAACCCAACAUGGACGUUCUCGACGAGCUGCUGGAUGAUGAAGAGCUUUACACUGAGCUCAUGUGCUCAAACUUCAAACUUUUGAUCUAUUUUAAAUAUCCACAGGUGCUGGCGCGACUCGUGGAAUACGUCACCAACGAGCAGUUACUGAACGAGAAUCCUGAGGACGACAGUGCAGAAUCAGACACACAUGAGAAUACUAGCGAUUCCAACAGUGUGUCGUCACAAGCCGAUGAUGAUGCAGGCCAAAAGAAGAGUUCAGAGCCGAACGAGUCGAACGAUACCUCAAAAACAGCAAGCAAGGAUGUCAACAACUCCGAAACCGCUUCUGUGUCAUCUGCUGAGACCAGCAUAACCCUUCCGGCAGACUCUGAAGAGCAAUCUGAAUCCAGACGCGCACGCAUGGCAGCCGAAAUCCUCUCGGCUGAUGUCUGGCCAAUUUCUUCAGCAUUCAUGGACCAUGACACACUUCUGACCCAACUAUGGUCGAUGCUAGAUCAUCCAGCUCCAUUGUCAAUCGUGCCCUCCACAUAUUUCAUGAAAAUUAAUGAGAGGUUGCUGGACAUGGACGUUACCGGCAUCUUGCAUUUCAUUUUGGCCCAACCGGAUUUGGUCAACAAAUUCCUCACGCAUAUCGAUAACCCACCUUUAAUGGAUUUUUUACUUAAAGUCAUUUCAACUGAUAAACCGGACUCGUCAACAGGUGUCAUCGGACUUCUAGGGAGCCAAGACUUGAUACCUAAGCUUCUGGAUUGUUUGGAAAGUGAGCAAACAGCUUCCACGAAGUCUGCCGCAGGUGAUUUUUUGAAGGCACUUAUAACAAUAAGUGCAAACUCUAAUAACGAAAUUGCAUCCGCUAUUGGACCAAAUGGCCUUACAAGGAAACUGGUUUCGCCGCCAAUGGUGGAAAAACUUAUGGGCAUAAUGCUUUCUGGCGGCACUUCUCUCAGUAAUGGUGUGGGUAUUGUUAUCGAACUAAUCAGAAAAAACAAUUCUGAUUACGACUUCGUCCAAGUAAUGUACACCACAUUGGAAACUCACCCGCCUAAUGAUAGAGAUCCCAUUUAUCUCGGAUACUUAAUUCAGUGCUCUGCAAAGCACUUGCCUGAAUUUAAUAAGAUUCUGGUAGACACGGAAUUGCCUCCUUUGGAGACCCCCUUUGGGUUUAUUGAGCCGUUGGGCUUCGAGAGGUUCAAAAUCUGUGAACUCGUGGCUGAACUUUUGCAUUGCUCUAACAUGACGCUACUCAAUGAGCCAAGUGGAGAGCAGAUGGUGAUCGAAAGGGAUAUUCUGCGGGAGAAAAUUCUCCGGCUCGAAAAGAGCGAGGAUCUUCAAAGUAAAAGCGAAGGCGGCUCCGGAACUGACGAUGUUGUAGACAAGAUGGCUGAUUUAAGGAUAGCUACCACAGAUGCCAGCAACAGCAGUGACGAAGAAGAACAAGAUACCAAUUCUAAAGACGCUCCACAUACGGCUAACGAGGUAUUAUCCGACGAUUCAACUGAUAGCGAGGUAUCUGAACAGGCAUUGCGAGAGAACCCUAUUGUUGGUGACCAACUCAAGAUCGCUCUACAAGACAAUCGCGUAAUAACCACCAUUUUAGAGAUGUUCUUUUCGUUUCCAUGGAAUAACUUUUUGCAUAACGUUGUGUUUGACAUUGUUCAACAAAUUUUUAAUGGCCCGCUAAAGACGGGUUUCAACAGGUUUCUAAUAGCCGACUUGUUCAGCGGAGCUAAACUUACGCUCAUGAUUAUGGAAGGAGAUAAAAAAUGUGAAGACUACGAAAAUGAAACGGGAUUAAGACUCGGUUACAUGGGCCAUUUAACACUGAUUGCCGAAGAGGUUGCGAAGUUUGCUGCUUACGUGAAUGAAAUGAAGAUAGCGUUCGCUACACCAGCGAUUUCUGAGAGCUUGAACGAAUCUGGAUGGAAGAAAUACACCGAAACAGUGCUUGCUGACACUCGCGAAAAUUAUAGCUCUAUUCUUGGGGACUUUGAAGAAGAGGAGGAUGACAACGAAGACGAUCGCGUCGGUGAAAACGCAAGAGCUGGAAGUUCUGAAGGUAACGCCAACGAUGACCUUGAUUACCGUAGUUAUGGCCAUAGUGGAGAUGAAGAGGAUGAUUACGCUGAGUAUAAUGCCGUGGACAGCCCACGCUACUAUCAAUACGAUGACGGACAAGGCAACAAAACCAACCUUCAUCUGAAUCCCGAGAUAGAUUACGACAUCAAUCCAGGAGCCUUCGAGAGCGACAAGUCUCAUGAUUUUGACGACGAUCGGGAUGAAGACGAUCACGAGCGGAGCGAGGAAUCCGAAAAUCAUGUGGCUGGUGCUGAUGAAGGAAAGGGGAACAACAGCAAAUUCAGCAACUACAUGUCGCAUCAGCUUUCAAAAGAGUUCAACACUUCCUUUUCCUCAGAUGACGAAGAAGAAGAAGAAGAAGCUUGGACUAGCCCAAUAGGAGGAGGCUCGGAUUUUGAUUCCAAAAACGACAGGUCUGGAGACGUUCGGCAAAACAGUGCAUACCAUCCAUCGCAGUUCAGACUAGAAGACGACGAAGACGAUUACAUGGAUCCUAACGAUGACGGCCUGUCUUAUGCAAAACCCAAUCACCCUCUAUACGACAACAUGCUGUCACGAAAAAACUCUGGCAGCCAUUUGUAUUUCAACCAGGAUCCUUCGAACCUCGAGGAGACUGACGAAGCCAGUGAUGAAAGUGACAGAGACGAUGGGGAGGACGAGGAUGGUCAAUACUCUCUAUGUCGCACUUCCAGCAAAGAUAACAUGGCAUGGGACAGUUCGGAGCAGAACCGCAUAAUCAGCACGGCCCAGUACAGACAGAAUCUGCAAGGACCUGAUAAGUAG